GGGAUAGCUCACCAAGUGUUUGUGUCUGGUUCUGACCGAAGGGGAGUCAGGUGGGGUGGGUGCGAGGCCCCGCGGGCACUGUCACCCAUGAUUAGUCCUUGUUAUCGGCUGCGCCGUGUGUUGGGCUUUGCCUAACCGGAACAGAAAGGGAACACCUUUUAUGGAAGGCGCCGCGUGAGCUGAGACCGGCCGCUGACCGAACCGGACCCUGUUCACUUGCCCAAGUACACCCCGGAGUGCGACCAGACCGGCGCGCUUCGGCCGUCUCCGCUCGGGCUGGGAAACGCCUCGUGACACCAACCCCGGCCAGCUCCGCCCUCUUGCUGCUGCUACUGCUACUGCUACUGCUCCUCCACCUUCUCCGGUGAGCCCCACCGCCGACAAGUGGCCAGCAGCCGCCCUCGGCAUCUCCUCCCUCAACUUGGCCCCCUGCGGGUGAUCCAUGGGAACGAAGGGAAGAAGAUGGCAGGGGGGCGGGUAACAGCGACGCGAACAGUGGUGAUAUUUGUGUGACCGAGAUCCCCCUCGACGUGGGGCCCGCGGGCAUUUGUGCUCGGCUCUUGGUUGGGGGUUGUGGGUCCCGCCCCGCCUCCGGCCCUCGCUUUCGCCUCCAGUCAUAAGUAAAUUGGAGGUGCGCCCGAUGUAAUGGCCUCUGCUCCUCCUCCCAUCUCCCGUUCACCGAAACGCCGCCGCCGCUGCUUCCGAUCUCCUUUCUCUCUCUCUUGCGAGCGGAGCAGGCUUGGCGUGGUAGUUAUGGUUGAUUGCGGUUAUAAUACGCCAUAGUUUGCAGCGUAGCCCGGAAGAGUAUUAUAUUGGCAAGAGGAGGAAUUUUAUAUUGGGGGACUUGCGGCUUAGAGUGUGGUAUAUGGUCGUUGGUCGAGGACGGGAUGCCGACGCCGGUUAGCAACGCGCGAGCGUGCCUCGCGGCCGAAGCGGGCGCCGCGCUCGACGACGCCGUGGCCAUCGCCCGCCGCCGCGCCCACGCUCAGACCACCUCCCUCCACGUCGUCUACGCCCUACUCCUCUCAUCCUCCCCCUCCCCCUCCCCCUCCCCGGCCGCUGGAAGAACAGCGCCUGGAGCCUCGUCCGCUCCGUGCUCGAUCCUCCGUGACGCGCUCACGCGCGCCCGCAGCUCCGCGUACUCGCCCAGGCUGCAGUUCAAGGCGCUCGAACUGUGCUUCGGCGUGGCCCUCGACCGGCUGCCGUCGUCGUCGUCCACCAACCGGCAGGUUGCGGAGGGGAGCGGCGGCGGUGAUGAGCCGCCGAUCUCGAACUCGCUCAUGGCUGCGAUCAAGCGGUCGCAGGCGAACCAGCGGCGGAACCCGGACACGUUCCACCUGUACCAGCAGCAGCAGCAGAGCGCCGCCGCUGCGGGGGGCGCGUCGUCGUUCUCCGGGGUGAAGGUGGAGCUCCAGCAGCUGGUGCUCGCCAUCUUGGAUGACCCCGUCGUCAGCCGCGUCUUCGGCGACGCGGGAUUCCGCAGCACGGACAUCAAGCUCGCCAUCCUCCGCCCCCCGCCGCCCAUCCUCCGCUUCCCCCGUGCCGCCAGAUGCCCGCCGCUGUUCCUGUGCAAUUUCUCGGCCGGGGAUGGAUUCGAGACGGCGCUGUCCCCUCGAGGGCUCGUCUUCCCUUUCGCCACCGCGGCCGGGCAGCUCCGCUCCGACGGCAGCGACGAGAACUGCCGCAGGAUAGGGGAGAUCCUGGCCCGGAAGAGCAGCGGACGGAAUCCGAUGCUGGUCGGAGUCGGCGCCGGCGAGGCAGCUCGAGACUUUGCCCAGGCCGUCGAAAGGCAGAAUUGGGCGGUUUUGCCUCCGGAGCUGCGUGGAAUAAAGCUUGUUAGCAUCGAGAAGGAGGUAGUCGAACUCGGAACUGGCGGCGGCGAUCAGUUGGCGGUCGGCACUCGGCUGGAGGAGUUGGGGAACAAAGCAGAGUCACCGGGAGCGAUCUUGAACAUUGGGGAUUUGAAGGGGAUGGUGGAAGGUAGCUCGGACUGCGAUGAGAAGGAGAGCUGUUUGGUUUCGGAGCUCACCAGACUGUUGGAGGUCUACCAAGGGAGGUUGUGGGUGAUGGGAUGGUCGGCGACGUACGAAACCUACAUGAAGUUCUUGUCCAAGCAUCCAAUGCUGGAUAAAGAUUGGGAUUUGCAGCUGCUGCCAAUCACUUCAGUGAGGACAGGGAUGGGUGGAUCACUUCCCAGACCUCCCAGCUUGAUGGAGUCAUUUGUUCCAUUUGGGGGGUUUUUCCCUACCGCAUAUGAUUCGAAAGGCAUGUUUAGCAGUGUGUACCCAUCAGGGCUCCACUAUGAGCACUGCAACGACAAGUAUGAGCAAGAAGUUUCUGUUACUCUUAAGGGACAUUCAGAUUCUCUUGAUGAUCAACAAAAUGCAAACUUGCCUUUUUGGCUGCAUGAACCCAAUACGGUUAGCUUGAAUGAUGGAUUCAAUAUAGCAAAGGCUAAAGAUGAUAAGACAGUUUUUAAUGCUAAUGCUAUGGAUUUGCAAAAGAAAUGGAAUGACAAUAGCCAAUGCCUCCAUCAUGGUUGCCAGACAACGGAUACAGAUGAUCGCCCUGCCGUUCCUGGUGAUAUCGAACCAUCAUGUAUUUCUAACACGGAGAGGACCUGCAAUCAUAAUAGUGAAAAUCCUGAUGAUGCUCAAAAUCGAAUAGGGUUUGGAAUUUUAUUCCCUAUUUCCGAAGGCACAAAGAAGAUCACCGCAGCCAGCAAGAGUAUCUCGUUGCCUUCACUUUUGGAACCAGGAGAUAAGGACUUCUUCUUGAAACUGGAGGUCAGACCUUCCAAAAGUGAACAGAUUCAGAGGGAGAGCUUCCAAUCUCUCCAAGGUGAUGAUCAUGCUUCACCUUCCUCUGUAACAUCUGUCAUGACGGAUUUGGUUUUAGGAACUCUUCAUGAGCCACUUUGCAACAAGGGAAAUCCUGCUUUGCAAGUGCCAAAAGAUCAUUCGGAGGACUUGCCUGUUUGUUUGCCAUCGAUGAAUGUCAAUAUGGUCAAAAGAAAUGGCCCAGAUGUUCCUGUUGAUUCUUUUUCUUGCGUUGGCCAUCAAGGUUCCCCGACAAAUGGUACCCCUCAACGUGUCCUGACCCGCUCAUUUUCACAGGUUUUGAAUGGUUGUUCUUCUGCCUAUGACAAACCCUCAUUCAUCUCAUCCAGUACAUGGCAAAAGUUUGAUUUGAGUAAUUACAAAUCAUUUUGUUCGAGUCUCGUCGAUAAAGUUGGCCGACAAGAAGAAGCAAUCAGUGCUAUUAGUCAAGCUAUAGUCCGUUGUAAAUCUGGUGAAAGACGUCGUGGUGCAUGCCUGAGAGGAGAUAUUUGGCUCAGUUUUUGUGGUCCAGAUAAGAUUGGGAAGAAGAGAGUAGCAGUGGCUCUUGCAGAAUUGAUAUAUGGCAGCAAAGAAGACUUUGUGUGCAUUGAUCUAAGUUACCAGGAUUGUGUUGCCCAUCCCAAGACCAUCUGUGCCCAACAGGUGGUCAAUGGAAAUGAUGUACAGUUUAGAGGGAAAAUGAAUGUGGAUCAUAUUGCUGCAGAGCUAAGCCAGAAACUACAAUCUGUUGUUUUCCUUGAAAAUGUGGAUAAAGCUGACUUCCUCGUUCAGAACAGCUUAUCCCAGGCUAUCCGUACCGGCAAAUUUCCUGAUUCCCAUGGAAGGGAAUUUAGCAUAAACAAUGCCAUAUUUAUCCUGACUUCAGCAAGAAUUCAAGGCCAAACUUUUUCUCAGACGAAAGAAUGCAGUAGUUUCUCUGAGGAGACUAUUCUAGCAGCUUCAUGUUGGCAGAUGAAGAUUAUCUUAGAACCUUCUCGAGAGUCUAUUAGCAGUAGUCCCAGAGCUCCUAAUGUCUCAUUUGCAUCAAGUCAAAAAUUGAGGAACAAUCAAGUAUAUCGACACUCGGUUUUUGUAUGUAAGCGCAAGCUGGAUGUCUCUCAUGACUGCAGGAUCCAGUACGAAAGCUUGAUGUCUGCCAAAAAGGCACACAAGACUGCAAAGGUCGUCUUAGACUUGAAUUUGCCUGUAGAAGAGGUUGAAGUGAACGAUAACAACUAUAGCAGUCAUGAAGACUACUCCAAAUCAGAAACUUCAGAGUCGUGGAUGGAAGAUUUCUUUGAUCUAGUUGAUGCAUCAGUGGACUUCAAACCUUUUGAUUUUGAUGCCCUCGCCGAUAACAUGUUGAAAGAUAUAAACAAGAUCUUCCGUGGUGCUGCUGGGCCUGAUUGUUUGUUGGAGAUCGACCAGAAGGUAAUGGAGGAGAUACUUGCAGCAGCAUGGUCAUUGGAAGAUAGGGGAGCCUUGACUAAAUGGUUUGAGCAGGUUCUUGGCAGGAGUUUCGUGGAGUUGAGACGCCGGCGCAACCUGUCGGGUCACAGCAUCCUUAGACUUGUUGCUUGUGAGGAUGCAUUUGCUCAGGACCAUGCACCUGGUGUUCUCCUUCCUUCAAGAAUUGUCAUAAGUUGAUGAUUUAUAUAGGUUUCUGUAGCUAGUUGUAUAAUGUAGCACGUAGCAUUCCUUGUGAAAUGACUAUAAUCUUGUGAAUGCCAUUGCUUUUCUGGGGUUUUAUCAGGUUAGCUUGUAUCCUGUAAAUUGAAUCAGUUUGCAGUUCAGGAAAGUUCUUGUAUUUGACCA